AUGGAUAUGCAAAGCAACUACAUGAUGGUCGGUACUGGCCAGCCAUUUCUUGACUAUCAGGCAGCCAAGUCUACCCAAAAUAAGAUGAAGCGCUCUGAUUUUCCUGAUGAUUUUACAUUUGGCGCUGGAACAUCAUGUUAUCAGAUUGAAGGUGCUUGGAACGUAGGUGGUAAAACCAAGAGUAAUUGGGACAUUUUUACAAUGACAAAACCUGGUAACAUUGCCGAUGGUAGCAAUGGGUGUGUUGCUGCAGAUCAAUAUAAUCAGUUCCGGGAUGACGUGGCUUUGAUAAAGAAAGUGGGUUUGGAUUCAUACAAAUUUUCAAUUUCGUGGAGUAGAAUUUUGCCAGGGGGAAAGCUAUCUACUGGCGUAUCCAGGGAAGGAGUAAAGUACUAUAGCGAUUUAAUAGACGCACUCUUGGCAGAAGGGAUUGAGCCAUCUGUAACCCUCUUCCACUGGGAUAUUCCCCAAUCUUUGGACGAUGAGUUUGGUGGUUUUUUAAGUGAUAAAAUCGUGAAACAUUUUUCUGAAUACGCUGAGGUUUGCUUCUGGGAAUUCGGUGAUCGGGUGAAACAUUGGAGUACAAUGAAUGAGUCUUGGUCCUUUUCUGUUCAAGGAUAUGCGACUGGCUUGUUUGCCCCUGGGCGUAGUAAACCGCAAGAGGCUACAACAGAGAAAGAGAAAGAAAUUAGGAGCCAUUAUCAGAGAAGUGUAAUUAUUCCUACUAGUACUACAACCACCGUGGGGAAUCCCGGCACAGAACCAUAUAUGGUGGCUCACCAUUUGAUCCUUUCUCAUGCACAUGCAGUUGAUAUAUAUAGGAGAAAAUAUCAGGAAAGUCAAGGAGGAAGGAUAGGGAUGAUAAAUUGCUCUUUUUGGUAUGAGCCUCUUACAGACUCCGAAGAAGAUCAGGAUGCUGCUGCUAGGGAACUUGAUUUUGUACUGGGAUGGUUUUUGGAACCGUUAGUAACAGGUGAAUAUCCAGAAAGUAUGAUAAAAAAUGUAGGAGACCGUCUUCCAAAAUUUACAUCAGAAGAGGAGAAGCUCGUGAAAGGAUCCUACGACUUUUUAGGCAUAAACUAUUACACAACUAAUUAUAUCAGCAAUGAUCCAGCAACCCCUACAACUGAUAGUUACCUCACCGACGCGCGCACCAUUGCGUCAAUUGAGCGUAAUGGGGUCCCCAUUGGUGUAAAGGCCGGUUCGAGUUGGUUAUACGUUGUUCCAUGGGGAAUUUACAAACUCUUGGUUGAAAUAAAGAAGAGAUACGGUGAUCAAAUAAUUUAUAUUACAGAAAAUGGGGUGGAUGAAAGGAACGACAAGAGCCAAAAUAUUGCACAAUCUCUCUCGGAUAAGUUAAGGAUUGAUUAUCACAAUGAUCAUCUCUACUACAUUAGGCAAGCAAUGAAACAAGGUGUAAACGUGAAGGGUUAUUACUUGUGGUCUUUGUUUGACAAUUUUGAAUGGAUCUCGGGGUAUACCUCUAGAUUUGGAAUUUUUUAUAUAGACUUUGAGGAUGGAAAAACGACAAGAUACCCAAAAAACUCAGCUAUUUGGUGGAAGAAUUUCCUCAGUAAGAAGGCUGUUACUCCCUUGAAGAAACAAGCUGAAGAACAAUCUGAAGAAGGCCGUAAAAGGCUAAGGAGAAGCUAA